AUGACUGAUCUUCUCAGCUUUCUGGUGCUUUUUGGUGCAGCCGGCAGCAGCCAGCUUGCCCAUGCAUCGCCUGUGACGCAGAAAGCCGAGGCGACAAGAGCAACCUCAUACUCCUACAGCUCUUUUACCUACACGCAGGUCACUUCAACUCGCUAUGCAACUUCACUGAGCUCACCGCUGUCUUUUGCUACACCGUUCGCUCCAGCAUUUAGCGAGGCCUCAACCCUGCUUCCUGACAACGUGACCUAUACCACAUACUCUUUGCAGUCGAGUCAAACUCCCUCUGCAGACGGACAGUAUGGCCAGAGUGCGUAUGCUGCAUUGUGGGCCAACCUGUCGUAUACCUCCGCGCCUCCAAUCACAACUACCGUCUCCCCUACACCGGUUCCCUCUAGCGAACUGGUGUACCCUCCAGCUCUGUACAAUAGAAUCGACUAUGCAGAUCUGAAGCUUCCCUCGGAUUUUAUCUGGGGCGUCGCAGCCAGCGCAUGGCAGAUCGAAGGAGGCCUGAAAAUUGAAGGCCGCGGCCCGUCUAUUCUGGACACCAUUGGCGCUAUUCAGAGUGACGACAACUCGUCCGAUGCCAACAUUGCCGACCUAGGCUACUACAUGUACAAACAGGACAUUGCCAGACUAGCAGCCAUUGGCAUCCCUUACCUCUCGUUCAGCAUCUCCUGGUCACGAAUCGUCCCCUUCGGCGUCGCCGGCUCUCCCAUCAACACCGAGGGACUCCAGCACUACGACGAUGCGAUCAACACCUGCCUCGAAUACGGCAUCACCCCCAUCGUAACCCUAAACCACUUCGACUUCCCGACAGCUCAAGCUACCGACUACUCCACCCUCACAGACAACUUCCUCUACUACGCGAAACAAGUCAUGACCCGCUACGCAGACCGCGUCCCCUACUGGGUGACUUUCAACGAGCCGAACAUCGGCAUUGGCAUGGCCUUCAGCUCCUACAACGACCUCACCCACGUCCUAACCGCCCACGCAGCCGUCUACCAUUGGUAUAAAGAAGAGCUGAAAGGCACCGGCCAAAUCACCAUGAAAUUCGCCAACAACCUCGGCGUUCCUCAGGACCCCUCCAACGGCAGCCACGUCGACGCCGCCCUCCGAUACCAAGACUUCGUCCUGGGUAUCAUGGCUAACCCAUUAUUCCUCGGCGAACAGUACCCUUCCUCUGUCCUCAACACCCCAAACCUAAACCUCACACCACUGACCGACUGCCAAAUCUCCACCAUAAACAACACCAUCGACUUCUGGGCCUUCGACCCCUACGUCGCGCAAUUCGCCCUCCCACCGCCAGAAGGAAUCUCUGCCUGCGCAGCCAACUCCUCCAACUCCGCCUGGCCCGAAUGCGCCAGUCUAACUAUGAUCCAAUCCGACGGAUGGCUCAUGGGCGAUAUGUCAAACGAUUACUCCUCCAUCGCGCCACAAUACGUCCGCCAACAGCUAGGAUACGUCUGGAACACAUUCAAGCCACCGGGAAUAGUAAUCUCAGAAUUCGGCUUCAACCCGUUCGACGACUCAUUAAAGGAGGGCGACGCGCAGCGGUAUGAUCUGGAGCGUACGCUAUACUACCAGGACUUUCUGGGGGAGAUGUUGAAAGCGAUUCACGAAGAUGGAGUGAAUGUGAUUGGGACGUUGGCGUGGAGUUACCUGGACAAUAAUGAGUUCGGGAGUUAUGCGAACCAGUAUGGGAUGCAGAGUGUGAAUCGCACAGACGGGACGUGGGAGAGGAGUUGGAUCCCUAAUAUCACCACCACCACCUAUACCUAUACCUAA